GGCAUUUCUAUGAGAAGAGGAAAUGACAGACACAACCUCACACCAGCGUUUUGUACGGAUAUAUUGAAAGUCGCCUCUCCUGUACAACUUGCACCAUAACUGAUCUUCCAAUGAUUGGAUUAGGUGGGAGUGGCUGUCACAGCAGACAUAAGUCUCCCCCUUGUCUGAGCGUCCUUCCUCCUCCUCGGUUGUACUUGCACUGAGCAGCUAGCAGCACUACAGAUCGCCAUUCUGCAAACACACAGGGUUGAAUAAGCUGUGUGACUGAAUUCAACUAAUUCCAAACACUUCACGUGGACGCUGCGUUCAAGAACCAACCGAGUAAUCAUGACUAGCUACCACAAACCCGACGAGAAAACUCUGCAGGGGCUGAAAGACGCCGCUAACAAGCUCAGGAUCAACUCCAUCAAGGCAACAUGCGCCUCCAACUCUGGUCAUCCCACAUCAUGCUGCAGUGCAGCAGAGCUCAUGUCCGUGCUCUUCUUCCACACCAUGCGUUACAAAGCGGAUGACCCUCGCAACCAGUGCAACGACCGAUUUGUGCUCUCAAAGGGUCAUGCUGCACCUGUCCUGUAUGCUGCCUGGGCUGAGGCAGGUUAUGUGAAGGAGUCUGAUCUGCUUAACCUGCGCAAGAUUGACUGUGAGCUGGAGGGCCACCCCACACCAAAACUGGCAUUUGUUGACGUAGCUACAGGAUCUCUGGGACAGGGCCUUGGGGCUGCCUGUGGGAUGGCCUACACUGGCAAACACUUUGACAAAUCCAGCUACCGUGUAUACUGCAUGAUGGGUGAUGGAGAGUGUUCAGAGGGCUCCGUGUGGGAGGCCAUGGCCUUCGCCUCCUACUACAAGUUGGACAACUUGGUGGCCAUCAUGGAUGUCAACAGGCUCGGCCAGAGUGAAGCUGCACCUCUAAAGCACGACAUGGAGACCUACCGCAAGCGCUGUGAAGCCUUCGGGUGGAACACAUAUGUUGUGGAUGGACAUGAUGUGGAGGAGCUGUGCAAAGCUUUCUGGCAGGCUCAGCAGGUCAAAGGCAAACCCACUUGCAUUGUAGCGAAGACAUUCAAGGGCAAAGGUCUUAAAAAUAUUGAGGAUAUUGAUAACUGGCAUGGAAAGCCCAUCCCCAAAGACAGGGUGGAUGACCUCCUGAACGACCUGCAGGCUCUGAUCCAGGUCCCCAACAAGACCCUGUGCCCUGAGCUUCCUAAAGAUGACACAGCACCUGCAGACCUCAGCCUGAUCAAGCUGCCUUCACCCCCAGCAUAUAAAAAGGGAGAUAAGAUGGCUACAAGGCGUGCAUAUGGUAUUGCACUGGCCAGGCUGGGUCAGACCAGCAAGAGAGUGGUGGCCCUCGAUGGAGACACCAAAAACUCCACCUUCUCAGAGACCUUCAAGAAGGCCUUCCCUGAUCGCUACAUCGAAUGCUUCAUCGCUGAGCAGAACAUGGUAGGAGUGGCCAUCGGCUGUGCUACUCGUGACCGCACGGUUGCAUUCGCCAGCACGUUCGCUGCCUUCUUUUCUAGAGCCUACGAUCAGAUCCGUAUGGGAGCCAUCUCCCAGUCAAAUGUCAACCUAGUGGGGUCCCACUGUGGGAUCUCCAUCGGUGAGGACGGUCCCUCUCAGAUGGCUCUGGAAGACUUGGCCAUGUUCCGUGCUAUUCCAACAUGCACUGUGUUUUACCCCAGUGAUGCAGUGUCUACUGAGAGAGCUGUGGAGCUGUCAGCUAACACAAAGGGCAUCUGUUUCAUCCGCACCAGCAGACCAGACACUGCAGUCCUUUACUCUCCAGAUGAGAAGUUUGAAGUGGGCGUGGCCAAGGUGGUGCGCCAGUCCACCAAUGAUCACGUCACUGUGGUGGGUGCUGGUGUUACUCUCCAUGAGGCCCUGGCUGCAGCUGACAUGCUGGCCAGUGAAGGCAAGAACAUCCGUGUCAUUGACCCAUUCACGAUCAAGCCCCUGGAUGCAGCUACCAUUCUGGAAAGCGCCAGAGCCACAGGGGGACAGAUCAUCACUGUGGAGGACCACUACAAGGAGGGUGGUCUUGGCGAAGCAGUACUCUCUGCAGUGGGCAAGGAGCCUGGCAUAGUUGUGACCCGGCUGGCAGUUAGCGGCGUUCCCCGCAGCGGAAAGCCCCAAGAGCUUCUCGACAUCUUUGGCAUCAGCGCUAAACACAUCGCCAACGCCGUGCGCCAGACCUUCGCGAACUAAGGAUUGCGCUCAAUCCCUGCCUCCUGCUCUGUUGCAUCAAAACCACCUUUCUGUCCUACGUGCAGCUACCUGACAUGAUCACGCAAAGACCUGUUAACUUUUCUGGUUUUAUGUGCCAUCUUGUGGCAUCACUUGAGUGCCGUGUUCUACCCAUGAGUUAUUUCUAUCACAGAGGGAAUAGAAGUGCAGUGUUGUUAAAGCCUGUAGAGCUAAUCAUUCUCCUCCUCAUGAGUUUUCAACAUUCCGUUUCCUCUUCAUAUAUCAUGUUGAAGUUUGCCCCAGCGAAAAUCACACAAAAGCACUGUUCAUCCUUUGAUGAUUGAAUUGAAACAUGUCAUCUGUCACCAGCCGCCCAGCCAGGUUAUGGUCCACUGUGAACUGUCAGGCCAUGGCCUUAGUUCCUCAUUCCAACCAUCAUUUACCUUUUUACAUUCCUAACAAGCCUACACCAUGUCUUCUCACUUCACUACUGUUCAACCCUCCUUUUUCUAAGAAGCACUGUCACUGUUAGGCAUUAAUCUCCUGUACUAGAUCAUCUUCUUUUAGUUGUUUUCACUAACAGCUUUCAGCACUUAGCUGUGAUAGAGAACGGUUUCUUCAGACUUUUGUGGAAAUCCCUUUUUAGUUAUGAACAGGUGAAGCAUUCCUUUGGUGACUCCUGGUCACACAGGCAUCACACAAGUUUCUGGUGUUCCAGGUCAUCCUGUUGUAGCUGUGUUGUGCUGAAUUAAAAUAAUUAACCAAA